UAAAAGUGACAGUGGUUUCUACACAGGGUUUGAGAUUUGUUUGGUAAAAACCUCCACACACCGCUCCCACCCCACCACCCCUCCACAACCUUUUUCUCCUGAUUCCGUUCCUGACCGUGACACAGGCAUUAUGAGUUCCUUUUCACCUUUCUGAAACAGCGGCACGUGUGUUCGUCUGUAAGAGGCGAUGUUGUGGCCCCUUGUGUCAGCGAUACCCACACGACGUGUGUGCUCGCCUUACACUCACUGUUUAUAGCUGACCUACUUGGCUAUUGUAUGACACUGCACACCCCAUAUGAAUUAUACGUAACAGGUUGUCUUUAAAACGAAGGUAGCUACUGCGCGUGUACGGACAAGGCGUCGGUCGAGUACUGCCUGUGUAUGGACGGUCUGUAUAUGUCUAUGGACGGUUUCUGUACACGCUCUCUCCUUUGUCAUUCCUCGUACGGUAAAUACGUUAAUCAGUCUAUUUGUGAUAGAUUAUGUUUGUUUAGGGAUUAAACAAUGCUUGUUAUGUAGCAAUGGAUUCUGUAAUGUGCAGGGAUCGUGAGUUUAUAGGUGGAUGUAAAUCUCGAGUUACUUCCUGGUUGUUAUCGACACCUGAAUGAUUUAGGUCGCCCUGGACCCCCGUCAAAGUUUAAUCUUAAUGCUAUCCGAAACAUCCACACGGGAACGUCAUGUGACCAUUUCUUGCUCUUCUUCAAUUGCCUUAGAAUUAGAAUUAGAAUUCGUGUGUAAUGUGGUAGGCUUUCUGUUUGACCAGUGCUUUAAUAACUUGUCCUAAAUAUCUAAAUACUUCCUGGUUGCUAUCCACAUAUGAAUGGUACAGGUCGCCCUGGAUCCCGUCAAAGAUUGUUUGGUGCAUGGAAAGUUCAUUCCAGUUCAUAUAUCAUGAUCAUGAUCAUUAUGCCUUUUCCCAGACAAACAUGUCGGAUCUUGUCUCAGUGGCUGCAAUCAAGGAUCUUCUGACAGAGUGCCCAAUAUGUAUAGAACACUUUGAUGACGCAACACGAAUUCCCCGUCGUAUGCCAUGCUGUGUACAGUCUAUAUGUCAGCCCUGUCUAGAAACCUACAGUGGAGGUUCUGCAAAACUAUCCUGCCCCAUGUGUCGACACCGACAUAAUCUGCCUGGUGGGGUGAAAUCUCUGCCCAAAGAGACCCUGAUCCUGAAGACUCUGGACUACCUCAAGAUCCAGAAAGGUCUCCAUCUUCCAUGUACAGAUUGUCCUGACAAGGAAACAGCUGCUGCUCAGUGUGAAAACUGUGGGGUAUUUCUCUGUUCUCUCUGCUUGAAUGCCCACAGAAGGAAUAUAACAACAAAAGCCCACACUAUAAAUACCUUUGAUGAGAUGAAGGGACGACCUGUACAUAGUUUUCGUCGUCUACAUCAGUGCAGUCAGCACCAACACCCUCUAGAGUUCUACUGCCACACUUGUGACAAGGUCGUCUGUGUGUCCUGCACUGUAGUAGAUCACGAUAAAGGGAAGGGGCACAACGUUGUGUCUGUGGAUGAAGCACACAAAGAAUGGUCAAAAUCCUCAGAUGACAUUUUUGUCAAGAUGAAAGAGAAGUCAGAGAGAUUGGGAAAAGCAGAAGCAGACUUUAUGCAGAUGAUAGAAAAUAUCGAAAUGUCAAAGAGGGUAGCAAUAGAUGAUAUCAACAAAUCCUUUGACAACCUGAACAGUGAACUGAAGCAACGAAGAACACUUCUCCUAUCGGAUGUUGAAAGAAAAUCUGCUCAGAAUCUUAAGCUGACAAAGGAUGCCUUGGCGUCAACAAGGGAUUUGCAGACUAGAGUUAAAUCUUCCACCGAUUACACAAGACAAAUGAGAAGUAAAGCUGACAAGGUAGAGGACCUACAAAUGAUGGGAUCAUCAACUACCUCCUUGCGUGCCAUGUUUGAGGAGACGCUAAAGAAGGUACCCUUUGUCAGGACUGGGGUCAACUUUGUCCAAGCAAAUAUAAAACAUCUUCAGGAUAAUAUCAAGGCAGCAGGAAUGGUCAGAUCAGUCACGUUCUCCCCAAAAGAGAAGCCGCAUGGUGUUCCAGAUACUGCAGCAAACAACGCCAUCACACUGGAACCUGCAGAGUUCCCCUCGGUGAUGGAAAUGGACAGGAGGAUGUCAGGCCAGGAGAUAACAUGCCCUAUGCUGGAAUGGGACUCAGGAACGGCACGUGAUGGUAUACACAUAUCUGGACAUGUAAUCACCAACACCCUAACAGCCGUCACUCCUCCUGAUACAGGAUGUCGGGUUCAGAGAAUCAACUCAUGUCUGGCAUCCAGACCUCUGAUGGUCCGAAACAAUCCCGGUCAGCUUUACAUGUAUCAAGUAAACCUUAGGUUCUCUUUAAAAAAAGUGAUACCCGACAACAAGAUGGCACUGGAGAAAGCUCUGACCGCCUUCCCUGCAGAUGCUUGCUGGAGUCAACUCACUGGACUGAGUGUACGUGUUGUUGCAUGCUCAAAGCACAAGCAGCAGCUGUGUCUCCGGGUUUUGUUCAACAACACCCGCCUCGCUGACCACCCUCUCUGUCAAAACACAGUUGGACAAUCCUAUCACCUACAACUGGGUUUCUUGUUAGAUGGCGCCAAUAACAAAAUCCAAGUUCUUAAUGCUACUGAUAACACAGUGUACACCACUGUUACAGACGUUGCCCUUGACAGACCCAUGUGGGUCAUGAUGUGUGCUGGUCAUCCCUCAGAUAUAGAGGCAAGUGUGGAACUGAUAUCAGGCCACAACAUCACAGGAUCCUUCACCGACUACAAUCGGUAGAAUAGUCUCCAUCAUCAGCAAUACACUCUGCAUGUACAACACAGAGUCCAAUGUCUGAAACCAGGCCACACAUAUAAUUAUUUGAAGUUUUCAAUGUUGUCAGUCAUGAUCGAAGUAUGAAACAGAUGUUGCAUGCACUGUAAUGGCGAUUGUUUUGCAGUUAAUCUAAAUUUCAAAACCUGUCGUACAAGAACGAAACGAAAUAUUAACUAUGAAUGAAUAUAAACACAUGUCAAAAAUGGUUAAAUGUGAUACUUAAUACAUUCAAGGUCUCUGGCUGUUUUUUAGUCAAUAUCAUUUUAAAAAGGUUAUAACAGAAAGGUACAGUAUGGAUUAGGUACUAUUUUAUAAAUGAAUCUAUUCAUGCGAACACUGAAUGCGUUUGAGGUCCCUCUGUGAUUGGAGCAAGCAUGCAUUGGUCUUGGUCAUUCGAAGAUUUACGGGCUUUGUGAAGCGAUGGAGCCGAGAAUAAUACACUGUUAGUCCUACGAUCAACGUGUAUCUUUUUAAACAUGUCUGUAAAUUCUCAUUUCCUGACGACCGAGUGAUCACGACAUUACAUUUAUGUGUAAGUUGCAUCAAUAUCUCUGAAGAUGUAACAAUGUAACGUCAAUAUAUGUACAUAUACAGGUGUAGAACAGUACUAUACCAGUAAACAGACAUUUACGCCAAAGUUCCUACUGUAGAUAGCUCUUUGUGGGAUUCACCAAAAGAUAACAUGCUGCUAUGUGAACUGUUGCAAUUGUUAAACUAAGGGAGAUCACCAGCGACUUACUGCUGUCCAGGUUGCCUUGCAGACAAUUGUGUUUUCACUGGAAUAUAACAAUGAUUUUGUACCUGCUAUUCACAUCGUGUGUGUAUUUAGCUGACAUACUUUUUGUGAAUAAUUUAAAAUUGUACAUGACUUUUUGGAGUUUCAAAUAUAAUUUCAUCCGUUUUAUUAUAUAGAUUUCAGGUUUUAUAAUCUUGUCACUUUGCCUAUGACUAUAUACCUUUUUUAUUAAAGUUUGAAAUGACAUAAAUGGUAUUGUUGCCGCUUGUUAUGUUGGCUUGUUUUUUUUUCACUUGGAAUAUAUGCUUUGCUGUUUUGAUAACAUAGUGAUAUCAGUCAAUGUGCCCUCGCGUAUUAAUAGUUUAUUCUGUCGAUUCCUGAAUCAAUAUGUUUUGCGUCAGAACUUUUAUUGAAACCCAAAAGGGACCUCUUAACACGGAGAAACACUAUUUUGAUCUUGUCGUAACUUCUAGAAAUGU